AUGUUGUGUCCGCUCUUUAAACCACGGCGCAUCGCUUACACUACUGUACCUACUAUGACUUACACCGUACAUCCUACAUCACUGUCUCUCUCUCCCUCUCUCUCUCUCUCCCCCACUCCCUCCCUCACUCACACACACAAACACACACCAUCCCGUCCAUCCACGCAUGCCACCCCUUGUCGAAACAAGCUCUACCCUGCAAACAACUCCUCUUGUCAUCGCCAAAGGGGAAAGGGGGAGGCAUACAUCGUAGGCCGGGACCACCAAAAGCAAACGAAGGAAACCUGGCAACCAUGUAUAAAACUUAAUAGCCUCGCUCUCCGGGCCAAGAAUACGCAGGCCUCCCUGUGCUCUUCCCGUCUGGAUCGCUCGCUCACACUUUCCUUCCUUUCCGUUUGGUAUUCUCUUGUGAAUCUGUUGUUUCCCCCCCCUCUCUUACUUACUCUCUUCCAAACUCCCAGCCGGUCUGUUUCUUGCCCUUCGAGAGGCUAUCAUCUCGUCUUCGCUUCUCUCUUACCCCCCCUUCUUCCAAACCGUGCUGGACACUUUUUUUUUUUAAACCUUCCCUCCCGCCAGACAUACUAAUCU